GACAGCUCGAGUCUCGUCGGCUCGACGCAUGUAUGUAAAUAUUACAGAUAAUAUAACAGAAUUUUGGUUAUAUUUAUUUCAACUUAGGUUUGUGUCAAAAAAAGAAAGUUUCAAAAUGUCGGGAAAGAAAAAAUUGACCCAAGAAGAGUUGCGGAAAGUGAUGAAUAACACCAAAAAGAAAUUAGGUGUUGAGAAGAAGAAGAUCCAUUCACCACUGGCAAAGUAUAACUCCUUAGGUCAACUUACUUGCGCCAUUUGCAAGUCUGUCAUUAGUAAUGAAUUAGUUUGGCCCACACAUCUAAAUUCCAAAAAGCACAAGGAAAAUAUCAAUUUAGCGAAGCAAGAUCUAGAAAAAGCAAAAUCCGCCGUAUCUGCACAAAAGAGAUCAGCUUCUCCAUUUCGAGAACCACAUCCAGUUAAAAAAAUAAAGAGUAUUUUAAAAAAUUCGAAUCCAUCAGCAGUACAUCAACCCAAACCAAAAUCGGGAUUGCCUGAUGAUUUUUAUGACAAACCUUCAUCUUCCACCACAACAAAUGGUACAAUGAAUAGUGCUGUAAAUGGUGUAGUAAAUGGAAAACCUAAUUUUCCUCAAAUGCCGCCGAUCAGUAAAGAAUCAUCAGAAAGUGUGAAAGCCGAGGAAGAAAAAGAUGAAGAUAAACAGCAAAAAGGAAAAGAAAACCCAGCGUCGCUUCCAGAAGGAUUUUUUGAUGACCCGGUCCUUGACGCUAAGAUUCGUAAUGUCGAAUAUAAAAAUCCAAUGGACGAGGAGUUUGAAAAGUUUAUGAAAGUGAUUAAAGAGGAAGAGGCACAAGCAAACCAAAUAAUGGCAGAUGAUCAGGAAGAGGCGACGGUAAAAAGGCAAGAGGACGUGAUAGAAGAACAAAUGCAACGAUUGUCGAGGGUGAUGGACCUCGUAAAACUUAAAGAAAAAAUGAAAGCUGCUGAAAAGAAGCAAGAAAUUAAAGAGAACGAAUCUUCUUCUAGUGACGACGAGGACUUUGAUGAAUUUAUUGAUUGGCGAGCUAAGAAAUCCUUUAAAUAAUACUUCCCUAGAAUUAUUUGUACAUUUUUUAUAAACUGUGAAGAAAGAUUCACCCUUGUGUAAAAUUGUAAAUAUACCACUUUUUAUAUG